AUGCAGGGCCUCGGGCCUACAGUUGUAAUAGAUGUCGGCAGUGGCAUUUGCAAGGCUGGAGUUGCCGGUCAGGAAGAGCCGAGCUGCAAAUUCCCAUCAAUAAUUGGCCGACCGAAGCAAGCCAAUGUCAUGCAAGGGUCUGGAGAGCAAGAUCACUACAUAGGAGAGGAAGCUCAAGCAAAGCGCGGCAUUCUCAAGAUAUCUUAUCCUGUCGAACACGGCAUUGUGCAGGAUUGGGAGGACAUGGAGCUGAUUUGGAGACACACUUUCUUCAACGAGCUCAGGGUCCAGCCCACGGAGCAGGCCGUGUUGCUCGCCGAAGCUGCGCUGAAUCCCAAGGCGAAUCGUGAACGGAUGACACAGAUCAUGUUUGAGGUGUUCUAUGUUCCUGCGCUGUAUAUAUCAACUCAGGCGGUGCUCGCCAUGUACUCAUCCGGCAGAACAACCGGGAUUGUGUGUGACAGUGGAGAUGGCGUUACGCACGUGGUGCCCGUCUAUGAGGGCUUCCUCCUACCGCACGCGGUCUAUCGCAUUGACUUGGCGGGCAGGGAUUUGACAGAGUACCUGAUGAAGCUGGUGGUCGAGUCAGGCACGUCGCUGUCUACCACGGCGGAGCGUGAGAUUGCACGCGACAUGAAAGAGAAGUGCUGCUACGUUGCGGCCAACUUUGACGAAGAGCUGGCGAAGGCAGAGACUACGAAUGCUUGUGCCAUCUCUCACGAGUUGCCAGAUGGGACUGUGAUUCGACUAAACUCUGAGCGCUUCAAGUGCGCAGAGGCAUUGUUCAAUCCAGCGCUGGUUGGUAAGCCUGAGACGGAGGGCAUCCACGACCAGCUAUACAAGUCCAUAAUGAGGUGUGAUCUGGACAUUCGAAGGGAGCUCUUCGCAAACGUGGUUUUGUCAGGUGGCAGCACCUGCUUCCCAGGAUUCGGCAAGCGGCUUCAAGCCCAGCUUGCGAAGCUGACUCCGAGCACCAUUCGAAUACGCGUGCUGGCACCGGAUGAUCGUCGGUUUUCAGUUUUCAUAGGAGGUGCGAUGCUUGCGGAUCUCGACCUGUUUACGGAGAUGUGCAUUGACCGUACUGAUUAUCUGGAAGAUGGGCCGACGAUCGUGCACAAGAAGUGCAUCUGA